GUUCACGAGGUUCGAUUGGAUGUUCGUUCUUCUUCAAACGCUCAUCGUGUUGUAUAGACCCGAUAUUGCCGAUCCCGAAAACAGGGUGAGACCGACACCUCCACCCAGUUUACGAAGGACUUAUGAUUUUAUCAUAAUCGGGGGUGGCUCCGCGGGUUCCGUGUUGGCCAACCGAUUAUCCGAAAACGAAAAAUGGUCAGUGUUGCUACUCGAAGCUGGAACGAACGAACCUGAUGCCACUGAUGCACCACUGUCGGUGAUGACAGCACAGGACAGUUCAUUCGCGUGGCAUUUCAAAACAUUUCCAUCGGAUAACUAUUGCAAAGCGAUGGAGAAUCAUCAAUGCCCAUGGCCUCGUGGCAAGGUAUCUUUCUUUUGGAUGGAGAAACUAU